AUGGCACAGGAAAUUGCAUAUCUUUCAGAAUUAGCAAAAUUAGUUCAAGAAACAGCUUCAAUUAGAAAAGAAUUGGAAUCAAUUAGAGUCGAAGCAAAUAAAGUACAAUCUGCUCCAAAAUCAACUCCAGCACCAGUUGAAACUAAACCAACUCCAGCACCAGCACCAACUUCAGUACCACAUGUUGCAGCAUCAACUAAACCAGCAGCAGUAGCACCAAAAACUGUUGUUGCACCAACUCCAACUCCAACUCCAGCACCAGCAGUUGAAAGUAAACCAGUUGAUACAAGAACAACCCAAGAAAAAUUAAAUACAAUUUCAUCAGUUAAACAAGUUGUUACAACACCAGCUGGUUUCAGAGUAACAGGUUCUCCAGCUCCAACUCCAACACCAACUCCAGCACCAGCUAAAACUUCAACAACACCAGUUUCAUUCAAUUCACCAGCAAAACCAGCUCCAUCAACAGCCAAAGAUGGUGUUUCUCCACAAAUUAAAACAAUUGUUGAUGCAGUUAAAGCUAAAUCUAAAGUAGACAAGACAAUGGAUCCAACUAAACUUGAAAACUAUUUAUCAGAAUCAGACUUUUUGGUUGUAUUUGAUUGUUCAUUAGCUGAGUUCCAAAAAUUACCAAAAUGGAAACAAGAUAGUAAAAAGAAAGAAACUGGUAUUUAUUAA